AUGGCAGAAAUCAAAGCAACGAUGAUUAUUCCUAAAGGUCCUUUUGUGAGUAUCAUUGAAUGUUGUUAUAUUAAUGAAUGCAGCAGCGCCCCCUGCCAGAAUAACGCUACUUGCCAGGAUCGCAUCAAUAAUUUUACAUGUAGUUGUCCUGUAGGAUUCAGCGGAAUAUUGUGUCAAACUAAUAUCGACGAGUGUUCCACCUCACCCUGUCAAAAUCAAGCGACUUGUCAUGACUUAGUUAAUGGAUAUAGCUGUGAAUGUGCCCCUGGAUAUGAUGGCAGACUUUGUUCCAAUGACAUAAACGAGUGUUCCAGUUUUCCAUGUCAAAGUAAUGCUACAUGUUUGGACAAUGUGAAUAGUUUCACUUGUGUCUGUGCUGCAGGGUUCAGUGGAACUUUCUGCCAACUUGACAUCGACGAGUGUUCCAGCUCACCCUGUCAAAAUCAAGCGACUUGUCAUGACUUAGUUAAUGGAUAUAGCUGUGAAUGUGCCCCUGGAUAUGAUGGCAGACUUUGUUCCAGUGAUAUUAAUGAAUGCAACAGCGCCCCCUGCCAGAAUAAUGCUACUUGUCGGAACCAUAUCAAUGGUUUUACAUGUAGUUGCCCAGCAGGAUUCAGCGGAAAUUUAUGUCAAACUGAUAUCGACGAGUGUUCCAGCUCACCCUGUCAAAAUCAAGCGACUUGCCAUGACUUAGUUAAUGGAUAUAGCUGUGAAUGUGCCCCUGGAUAUGAUGGCAGACUGUGUUCCAAUGACAUCGACGAAUGUGUCAGUUCCCCAUGUCAAAAUAAUGCUACAUGUCUUGACACUGUGAAUGGUUUCACCUGUGUCUGUGCUGCAGGGUUCAGUGGAAAUUUCUGUCAAGUUGAUAUUAAUGAAUGCAGCAGCGCCCCCUGCCAGAAUAACGCUACUUGUCGCGACCACGUCAAUGGUUUUACAUGUAGUUGUCCUGCAGGAUUCAGCGGAGUGUUCUGUCAAAUUGAUAUCGACGAGUGUUCCAGCUCACCCUGUCAAAAUCAAGCGACUUGUCAUGACUUAGUUAAUGGAUAUAGCUGUGAAUGUGCCCCUGGGUAUGAUGGCAGACUCUGUUCCAAUGACAUCGACGAAUGUGUCAGUUCCCCAUGUCAAAAUAAUGCUACAUGUCUGGAUACUGUAAAUGGUUUCACCUGCCUCUGUGCUCCAGGGUUCAGUGGAAAAUUCUGUCUACUUGAUAUUAAUGAAUGCAGCAGCUCUCCCUGCAGGAAUAACGCUACUUGUCGGGACCAUAUCAAUGGUUUUACAUGUAGUUGUCCUGCAGGAUUCCGCGGAGUGUUCUGUCAAAUUGAUAUCGACGAGUGUUCCAGCUCACCCUGUCAAAAUCAAGCGACUUGUCAUGACUUAGUUAAUGGAUAUAGCUGUGAAUGUGCCCCUGGAUAUGAUGGCAGUCAUUGUUCCAAUGACAUCGACGAAUGUGUCAGUUCCCCAUGUCAAAAUAAUGCUACUUGUCUGGAUACUGUGAAUGGUUUCACCUGUGUUUGUGCUGCAGGGUUCAGUGGAAAUUUCUGCCAACUUGAUAUUAAUGAAUGCAGCAGCGCCCCUUGCCAGAAUAACGCAACUUGUCGGGACCAUCUCAAUGGUUUUACAUGUAGUUGUCCAGCAGGAUUCAGCGGAAAUUUAUGUCAGACUGAUAUCGACGAGUGCUCCAGCUCACCCUGUCAAAAUCAAGCGACUUGUCAUGACUUAGUUAAUGGAUAUAGCUGUGAAUGUGCCCCUGGAUAUGAUGGCAGUCUUUGUUCCAAUGAUAUCGACGAAUGUGUCAGUUCCCCAUGUCAGAAUAAUGCUACAUGUCUUGACACUGUGAAUGGUUUCACCUGUGUCUGUGCUGCAGGGUUCAGUGGAAAUUUCUGUCAACUUGAUAUUAAUGAAUGCAGCAGCUCCCCGUGUCAGAAUAACGCUACUUGUCGGGACCAUAUCAAUGGUUUUACAUGUAGUUGUCCAGCAGGAUUCAGCGGAAAUUUAUGUCAGACUGGUGCGUUUUUGUUAGACUCAGUGAACAAUAUCGACGAGUGUUCCAUCUCACCCUGUCAAAAUCAAGCGACUUGUCAUAACUUAGUUAAUGGAUAUAGCUGUGAAUGUGCCCCUGGAUUUGAUGGUAGACUUUGUUCCAAUGACGAAUGUAUCAGCUCCCCAUGUCAAAAUAAUGCCACAUGUUUGGAUACUGUGAAUGGUUUCACAUGUGUCUGUGCUGCAGGGUUCAGUGGAAAUUUCUGUCAACUUGAUAUUAAUGAAUGCAGGAGCGCCCCCUGCCAGAAUAACGCUACUUGUCAGGACCAAGUCAAUGGUUUUACAUGUAGUUGUCCUGCAGGAUUCAGCGGAGUGUUCUGUCAAAUUGAUAUCGACGAGUGUUCCAGCUCACCCUGUCAAAAUCAAGCGACUUGUCAUGACUUAGUUAAUGGAUAUAGCUGUGAAUGUGCCCCUGGAUAUGAUGGCAGUCUUUGUUCCAAUGACAUAGACGAAUGUAUCAGUUUCCCAUGUCAAAAUAAUGCCACAUGUCUGGAUAUUGUGAAUGGUUUCACCUGUGUCUGUGCUGCAGGGUUCAGUGGAAAUUUCUGCCAACUUGAUGUUGACGAAUGCUCAAGUUCCCCAUGUAACUUGCAGGCGACCUGUCAUGAUCUAGUGAAUGGUUUCCGGUGUGAAUGUCCAGCUGGAUUUUUUGGAAGUGUAUGUGCUAAUGAAACUUCUAAAGGGAGAGCUUCUGCAAGUAAGUCUUGCGAUGCUUGUGGAUCACUUUAUGAUUCCUUGGCAUACUAG